AUGCUUCCUCCUAUGAUGCUCAAUCAUGAAAAUCAUUCAAAAAAAGUCGCAAAUGAGCAUAUAGACUGUGAUGUUGACCCUACCCUUACUAGUGCACAAAUCAAACAAUUCAGGACUAACCUCCAUAAACAUGCAGUCAGGGCCACCAAUUUCUACCAUAGGAAGUCAAUGAUAAACCUUGACAUUAACUAUUUCUUGCAAGAUAUGUUAUUAAACAUGGGUUGGAGUGAUUACCAAGAUCUUUCUGUGCACACAUACAAGCAACCUAUGCUCAAAUUCCUCUCCACUUAUGCACGGGACGACGCGAUGGGGGUACUCGCCUUUCGACUCCAGGGACUUCAAUUUCAUGAGUUCAAUUAUGUGCCAGCGGAUUACUCCCCCGUCUACCUCCUCGACUGUAUAACCCUUGUCCGGAUAGAAUUGUUGCUCCCUGUAAGAAAUGGCACUCUCGUUUGGAUUAAUCAUGCCAAAGAUCCAGUCUAUAUCUUACACAUUCCAACAUCUCAACCUUUACCACCGAUGACCCUGAGACCUAGGUUCCUGUUAGGGGAGCUAUGCACAGAGGAGCAUGUUGAUCAUGGAGGUGAUGAUGAUGAUAACGGUGAUGAUGAUGAUGAUGAUGACAUACAGAUGGAUGACGCUAGUGAUGAUGACAAAUCCUUUGAGGUCGAGGACCAUUAUGACCACCCCGUCCAACAACUGUCACAACACUUUCAAGUUCAGUCCUCGGGAGCACAGUUCCAACCACCACCUCAGUACCAGGAAACCAUAAUGAAGGAAACAUUCAGCGCAUCGAGGAGCAGCAGACUCGCACCAACAGCUAAAUGGAGGAUCUCAGGCGCCAUUUCCAGCCUGAGGGCAGUUACCGUCCUCAUGGACCUCCACCACCUUGAUCCCGGUAUGGUCCUUCCUUACUAUCACCCUAAGCAUUAA